UUCAUCAUUCUGUCGUCAUGAGGACUGAGGUAGCUGUUGCUCUUCUCCUGGGGUUCUGUGCCGUGGCUGUGGCUGUGUCUGGUGAUGAAAACAGAACAGGCAAACGGGACACUCGGGAGGUCAAGGUGGCUCCCCCCGACCCAGUGGACUGUGUCUGGAGCCGCUGGUCUCAGUGGACCCCCUGUAAUAACUGCACCAAGAUACGGCACCGUUCACGGAGUGUGGAGGUGUACGGCCAAUUCGGUGGGAAGCCCUGUCGUGGACAGCCAAUAGGAGAGCAGCAGGCGUGCAACACAGAGGAUGUGUGUGAACAGGCCCCGCCCCCUGAGUGCUCCAGAACUGAGUUCACCUGUGAAUCAGGUGCGUGUAUUAAGUUGAGACUGUCGUGUAAUGGAGACUAUGACUGCGAGGACGGGUCAGACGAGGACUGUGAGCCCAACCGUAAGCCCUGUGGCGCACAGUUUUACAACACCAACGAACAGGGCAGGACUGCAGGAUACGGAAUCAACAUCUUGGGCCUGGACCCCCGUAUAAACCCCUUCAACAACGACUACUUCAAUGGGGUGUGCAACAAGGUGAGGAACACCAAUAACAACGAGUACAACAGGCUGCCUUGGAACGUGGGCGUGCUCAACUAUGAGACUAUAGCAGAGGAGACCGUUUCCAGAGAGAUCUAUGAGGACACAUACACCCUCCUGAGGGAACUGAUGACUGAGACCAAGUUGACUGUGAGCGCUGGGUUGAACUUAAAAAUCAGCCCCACAGAGAAGUCUAUGGCCAAGUCCAACACGACUGUGUCAGGAGGGUUAGGGGCGGACGCUGAGUAUGAAAAGACACAGAUGAUCAAGGAUGUCUCGGAGUACACUAAAAUAAAGAACAAGAGUUUCAUGCGUGUGAACGGCCGUGUGCAACUGAGCACCUAUAGGAUGCGUUCCCGGGAACUUCAUGUGGCCGGGGAGUUUCUAGAGCAUGUCAAGUCUCUACCUCUGGAGUACGAGAAAGGACAGUACUUCAGCUUUCUGGAGGACUAUGGGACUCACUACACCAGGAAUGGGAAGUCUGGAGGAGAGUACGAGCUGGUCUACGUUCUCAACCAGGACAACAUCAAGGACAAAAAGGUGACUGAGAAAAAAAUCCAGGAAUGCAUUAAAGUUGGAGUAACAGCAAACCUUGACACCAACAUCGGGAUUGGAGGAGAUGCCCACAUCAGACCGGGACACUGUAAAGACAUUAUCAAUAAAAACACAGAUGAGAAGGAGGGUAAGGCGCUGGUAGAUAAGGUGAUUACUGCAGUCAGGGGCGGAACCCUGGAGACCGCUGUCGCCAUGAGAACCCAGAUAAAGAAGGAGGGGCUAAUGGACAUACAGACCUAUCAGAACUGGGCCCGGACAGUGGGCGAUGCCCCUGCACUCCUCAGCAGUGAGCCAGAACCCAUCCAGACCCUGAUCCCACUGAGUAUGCCUGAUGCCAACACCAGGAGGCUUAACGUGCAGAGAGCCACUCAGGAGUACGAGGCUGAGUACAACGUGUGCAAGUGUAAGCCCUGUCACAACGGGGGCACUCUGGCCCUGCUGGACGGGUUGUGCCUGUGUCUCUGUCUGCCCCAGUUUGAAGGUCUGGCCUGCCAGGAUGUCAAGGCUGAUAACAAUAAGAAUACUAAAACCCCCGUGGAGCAUGUUCCUCAUGAGGGGAACUGGUCGUGUUGGGCAGCCUGGUCAGGCUGCAGUGGAGGAAAACGUACCAGGACCCGCAGCUGCAACACACAGGGCCUCUCUGACGCCACCUGCAGGGGAGACAGUGUCAGUGAAGACUACUGCUGAGCUCCCUCUCAUACAGAACACAAUGAUGACACAGCAUAACAACCUGACCCCCAUAUAUGUAGACAAAAAGGAGUUAAUGCAUCUUAUACACACACACACACUCACACACAGUCCCGGCAUGCACCCACACACACACGCACACACACACACAGGUCUAUUUAAUUUUGUGAUAGGAAAAACUUUAUCAACGUAUUCCUUGAAGUAGGCCUGGUUCUGUUUUACAAAUACAAAUUUUCCAAUAAAGUUUGACCUUUUGAGAGUUUA